UGCCGCUGCAGGGAGUCGUGGGGUCUCAGCUGUGGAGCUUCACCCGUGGGUCGUGUCAGGCCGUAUUACUGAAGUAUAACUACGCACAGAGCGACCGGAGACAAAUAAUAACGACUCGAUCCAAACACUCGGCUUAUUACUCACCUGUAGCCUCACCUGAGAGAGAGUUCACGGUCAUGAACCCUCCGACAUCCAGAGACGAUACUAACCCGCCAGACCACUACAUGCCGCAGUCGUCGGCUCCGUCGUCGUCGUCGUCGUCGGGUGGAGGUUUGUAUCUGGACGCCUACGAGGUCUCGUUCCCUCUGGAGGGGAACAUGGAGAGACCCCCCUCUUAUCACCUGGGCCACGGCCAACACAUGAUGGACGAGCCAGUGGUCCAGGAGCCUCCUCACUCCCAGUACAGUCCGUUCAUCCUGGUCUCAAACCUUCGUGCUCACCUGUACGUCUCCCUGGAGAAGAACACCUGGCUGCAGAAACGCAUCGAGGAGCUGGAGGAGGAGCGGAACUUCCUGCGCUGUCAGCUGGACCGUUUCAUCGUCAGCCUGAGGAGCCCCGAAGUGACCGAGUGGUGUGGAGACCCUCAGCGUGGGGUGAAGGUUCAACCGGCCAGUUCUCCUUCCCCUCCCUCCCCCAUGACCACCAGGUCUGGGAUGACCCUCAAACGCCUGCAGGGUUCAGGACCUCGGACCCGACGCGGCGCCGCCAUCCCCGUGAAGCAGGAGUUCCACCUGGAGGAGGACAGUUACUACACCGAGGACGAGUACGUGGAGGAGGAGGAGGAGGAGGAGGGGGAGGAGGAAGACGAGGACUCGUCUCUGGAGAAGGGGGCGAAGAAGAAGGGCAGAGGGCGGGCGGGCGGAGAACCGAGGAUGAAGAUGAGGAGGAUCUUCAGGAUCACCCACGGACGGGAGAGGCAGCGAGUGAAAGACCCGGACGGGGUUCUGAUCCGGUACAAGAAGAUCCUGUCCACCUACCAGAGGGUGAGGAGCAUGUCCAGGGCCUUCCAGAUCCACGGGGUGGACCGGAACACCAUGGCCUCCACCUCCCCCAUCGCUGAGCUGCUGCUGGUGGCGCCGGAGAAGGUGUCGGAGGUCGGGGAGUUCGAGGCGUCCAAGGAGAAGCUCCUGGAUUACGCCCGGCGCUGCUACAAGACCAUGGACGACCCGACGCACGCCAAAGUCCAGACCAUGAAGAAGACGCACAAGCUGCUGCCCAUCUCCUACAGGUUCAGGAACUGAGAGAACACAUUUUAUUUUAUUUUUUCAGCCUUUAUCCUGAAGAAAAGCUGCUAAAUAUUCAUAUAUAUGAAUCAAGAGGGAGAGAUUUUUCCUUUUCUACUUUUCAUUUGAGCAGCAGAUUUCAGUUGUUUUUUUUUUUUAGAUUUAAAUCA